CAGCACCACAUUCAAAUUUCACCCAGACCCUCGACAGCGCGUUCAUUCACACAGCGACAGCGAGAAAGUGGAGAAGCAAACAGAAACAGCGACUUACACCAGCAGCCGCAUAAGUGGUAAACAAACUGAGAUUGCACACAAGACAAGCUGACCGACCAAACCAGAAAAGAAGGCGCUAAAAGAAUUCCCAAUUCGAAUUAAAGUCUUAUUUUUAUAUUUGUUUUUGACUUAUUUUUUAUUACAAGUCGAGUUUUUUUAAGUUACUUAAGCAGCCCGCGGCGUGCCAGCAGCGGCAGUUGUAUUGUGCCUGCGCGUGCAUCCAGAUUAGUGACUGAAAAACUAAAAACUUACUAAACGCGCUUGCCUAAGUAAAUGCAAAUAUGAAUUUAUAUAAAAUCACUUUGAUUUCUGUGCUCAUUGUCCUGCUCACCGUAUCCACCAUUGACGCCAAAAAGCAUAAGAAACACAGAUCGUCCUACAGCCGUGUGCCCUCGAGUAGAACCAAGACCAAAACUAAGUGGUCGUCUUCAUCCGAUUUGGGGCGUACUGGUGCACAGCUUGCCACAGAAGAACAUGGCUACUAUGUUAAACGCACCUUUUUGCCGCUGAAUGCAUCCGCCAACUACACCAUGGAAGCACCACGUAGUCCUCCCUACUUGGGCAUACCCAUUGCUUGGUUUGCUUGCGAAGGUGAAGCCUGCACAAAAGCCAACACCGCUGCAAUAAGUGGCAGCGCAGUCGCACUAAAGGAUGGCUUUCUCUGCGAUGACGAUUGUGUAGAGCCAUAUGAACCAAUCUGUGGCAAAACACCUAGCGAAUUGGCAGUUUUCUACAACAAAUGCAAACUAAAUGUGGCUAAGUGUCGUACGCAUGGACUUUGGCUGGAUGUGGCCUAUGAGGAAUGCAAGAAGUCCAAUCCAAAAGAAGUGGCAUACGCGGAGCGUAAAUUCAAAACUUCACCAUUUUUCAGAGACACGAAGACCGAAAUGUCAGUGAAAAAGCAAGAAGUUGUGAAAAAACAAGAAUAUGACUCUUCUGAGGAGGAUACAAUGUUCGAUGUUGCACUGCAAGCAUUGGACAAAAUCGGUGAUCAGAUUGCGGAAGCUGAAGCUGAGGCAUUAGAUGAAGCAUCGACAUCGACUACAACAACGAAAAGUGAAGUGAGCACUCCCAUUGCUAAACCAGUUCAGGAAGAUAGCGUAAGUGUCAACAAACCUGAAAAGGAGAGCAAUCCAGCUGCAAUGCCAGUAAAAGAAAUCAGCACAACCGCUAAGCCUAUUAAAACUGCCGAAGCUAAAAAGACGGAGGAGAAUAGUGUAAACAAACCUGUUGAAAGUAAUAACUUAAAGCCAAUAGGAAGUUCUGGAAGCACUGACAAGCUGGUUGCUAAAAAAUAAUUAUACGUUAGUAUGAUUAUGUGAUAUUUUUUAAUCAAUAUUCUAAACGAGCUGAUAUAUUUUAUUA